UAGCCAUAACUCCUCAUUUUUUCCCCUUCAGAUCCCUUUUCUUCUUCUUGUAACCAAAAAAAGAAAAUGAGAGAUUUUGCUUCUUGUUUCAAUGAAUAUGCUGUUCAAGUUUCUGAUAAUACUUCUUGUUCUAGUUACUCAAACUCUGCUUGUAUCCCUCCUUCUAUAAUUCCUUCAGUACAAAACACUGUGAAUUGUUUGUACAAAGUCAAUUUAUCCAAUAAAAAACAUGUCUUGAUCACAAUUUCAUGGUGCAAAACAAAUGUAACACAAGGCUUGAGUGUACACUUUGGUGAUGAUCAUCCAAAUGUAUUCAAACUCAACACGAAUACGCGUCUUUUUAGGAAGAAGAAGGGGAGUAAAUCAAUGGAUUUGGAUCAUUUUAAGGUUGAAAUCAUUUGGGAUUUGUGUGGAGCUAGGUACUUAAGUAGUGGUCCUGAACCAAUUGAUGGAUAUUAUGUACUGAUCAUAGUUGAUUCACAACUUGGAGUUAUUCUUGGUGAUAUGGCUGAAGAAGCAUCAUUAAGGAAGUUGAAAAAUGGAAUUCCAAUGGCUAAAUUUUCAUUGGUAUCAAGACAAGAACAUUUUUCUGGUAAUACAAUUUAUUCAACUAAGGCUCAAUUUUGUGAUAAUGGUAACCUACAUGAUGUUUUGAUUCGUUGCAACGGCGAAAAUGAUGGAUUAAAACAUCCUGUUUUGUCUGUUUAUAUUGAUAAGAAGAUGGUGAUUAGAGUGAAAAGAUUGCAAUGGAACUUCAGGGGAAAUCAGAGUAUUUUUUUGGACGGAUUGCUUAUUGAUCUAAUGUGGAAUGUUCAUGAUUGGUUCUUUAAUCCAGCUUCUGGUAUUGCAUUAUUUAUGUUUAGGACAAGAAGUGGAAUGGAUAGUAGAUUGUGGCUAGAUGAGAAAGACAAAUUCCUCAUCAAAGAUCAAGAAAAAAUUGAAUUCUCAUUGUUGAUCUAUGCUUCUAAGACCACAUAAUAAUGAAAAGGUUCUUGUUUGUUUUUUUUCUUUAGUUACAUCUUGAAAAAAAAUGUUUGAUCUUUGAUAGAUUUGAAAUUGUAUAUUGAACUUUUCUGUCUCUUGACAUUUUAUUGUACUAAUAGAUUGCUUGUGUUUUUCUUUUUGCGUUA